CGGCGCGAUAUAAUCGCGUGCAGCGUUGAUGGCACAGAGCAGUGGCGACCCAUGCGCUAAUAUCAGUCCAGAUGCAUCUGAAAUGACCUACAAAACACCUCAGCGUCUCAAGUGUUUCGGGUCCUCCUGUUCUGAACUCAAAUAACCGCAAACGAGCGAAUUUACAGUGCAUCGGAUUUAUUUCACUGCGGAGAACCAAAACUGCUCCUUCAAUCAAUCUACCAGGCGUGAGAUGACAAAGGUACCCUUUAAUGGAGCUGCCUGGAGGUUUUAAGUGGUGCUGAUGUCCAGAGCCAGGGAGCGGCAGAUGCCAGCGUGAAGGGAGGGCUGGCCUGAGGAAGAGAGAAGAGGAAGAGAGAGGAGGAAGGGAGGUGGCCGCCGGACCCGAGAACGGAGGCAGCUUCACGCUUAGUGAAUGCAGCUGGAUAUGUCUCAAAAGAAGAUAUUUCUAGUAUUAAUAACCAUCAGUACUGUCAGCCUGCUUCUGCACCAUGGGGGUCACUUGAACUUAACAUUGGAGGCCUUCUGGUUGGGGUGUCCAUCCUCCACGCUUUCCUUUACCCAGGGCAGUAGUGAUCCUACUCCUAAACACACCAGUGUAGCCUUCUUGAAGACGCACAAAACAGCCAGCUCCACUGUGCAGAACAUGCUCUUCCGCUUUGCUGAACGUAACAAUCUCACCGUGGCGCUGCCCAUUACCACCUGUGACCAUCAAUUCUGCUAUCCUCGGCCCUUCAGUGCCCACUUCGUCCACCCACAUACGACACCUCCGGACAUCAUCACCAAUCACUUACGGUUCAGCCGUGCUGAGCUUCGACGCCUCAUGCCCAACAACACAGUGUACAUAACAAUAUUGCGGGAACCAGGAGCCAUGUUUGAGUCCCUGUUUAGCUACUAUAAUCAGUACUGCCUUAGCUUUAAACGUGUUCCAAAUGGCUCUUUAGAAACUUUUCUGGACCAUCCAUGGAGCUACUAUCGUCCAGAAGAAAAGGAUUCGAUGUACGCAAGAAAUACGCUGACCUUUGACCUAGGUGGCGACAAGGACCGUCCGUCGUCAGAAGCACCGGCGUAUGCGAAGCGGUUUGCUGUGGAGGUGGAGCGAGUGUUCUCGUUGGUUAUGAUAGCAGAACACUUUGACGAAUCGCUAGUGCUACUACGCCGCUUGUUGUCGUGGGACCUCGACGAUGUUCUGUAUGUCAGUCUUAACAUGAGGACCACCGACUCUAAAAGCAGCCUUUCCAGUGAAAUUACAACCAAAAUCAGAGCCUGGAAUGCCAUAGACUCCGUACUGUACGAUCACUUCAAUGCCUCAUUGUGGCGGCAACUAAGAGCAUUGGGACUAGCAUGCGUCGAGCGGGAAGUCCAGCUGUUGCGUCAGUCUCGGGAUCGACUUGUACGUGGCUGCUUCGGUGGACAUUUGCCACCACUUCGUUCGGCUUCUCAGAUCACAAAUAAGGAAUUACGGCCCUGGCAGCCGAGCGCCAAGGUGGCGAUUGUUGGGUAUGAUUUACCAGUCAACGUAACACACAAAGGCCACGUGCCUCCGCGAGAUGACUGUUUAAAGAUGAUAAUGCCAGAAGUGCAGUAUACACGGCUGUUACUCCGAUCAGAGUCGCUGCGUUAUCGGAAGCGAUUUCUGCGGCACUCCCAGCAGACUUUACACGCCGCCGGACAGGUUCGGGUGCAUAAAGAGUUUCCGAGUUUGCUACCGCGACCGUCAGGGACUAUGGCUCGGAGCACCAGAGGGGCAAUGACCAGCAUAAAAGGAUAGUUAAACUGCGUUUAUUCCUCUCUUGAGUUGGACUGCAGGUAGAUUUCCAUGAGAUGUUGGUCAUACCUGUACAGCAUGAAUGUGAGCACACACUCAACUCUUAUUCUAAAAGUUGACACAAACACACACAAUCUGUGUGUUUGUGUACUUCUCAAAAUGAAUUAUAUAUUCAAAAAUAUAUUCUCAAGGCAUAAAAGCAACAUGGAAUAUCUCUUACUUUAAAAAGACCAUUUCUGCUUAUUUAUUCCUUUGUAUUUAAGCCACUGUGUUUUUACUACACUGACACUAACAGUCUCACGACACCGGGUUUAGAUGGUUUCUAGCUGGUCCAAGCUGGUCUAAAUGGUUGAUCAGUUAUUUUACCAGCUGGUGGGGUGGGGUGGGGCUGACCUUACGGACCAUUAUAGUCAAGCUGGUUUGACCCUUACCAGCAACAAACAAGCUAUUAUGACCUUGAGCCUUUGUCUACUGGUAUACUGUAGAAAAUUUUUGUUUGUAUUUCAGGCCUCUGGUAAUAGAAGACUUACAGCUGAGCAAAUGCACCUUGUAAUACAUGCUGAGACUGCGCCUGAGCCAUAAGACACAUAUAUGUGGGUGGCAUAGUGUGUUAGUGAUGAUGCAACCUUCUCAAUAGACCUAAUUUAAAUUUUACCCUCUCCUUGGGCAGUGCUUGGGUUACAAAGCCCUACAUUUAAAACACUCAUCCUUUACUAGAUGCUGAGAAUAAGUGAUGAAUGAAAUACAUAGGCAAUGAAGAGUUACUCUGAUAAGUUUUCUUUUGUUCUAAAGUGUUCUCAGUUUUGGGGAUAAUGCUUUAUGGUGCAGUGUUGCAAAUAUGUCAUGUUUAUUGUUUAUAUUAGGAAAUAAAACUCUACAUUGUUAGAAAGAAUCAAACUGAAUUUCGAUCUGUAGGAGCAACCAAUGCUGAAACAUACUGUAUUGUACGUUAAACAAUGGCAAAACGGAGGUCAGUUUGGGGAGCCAGUUGUUAUUUUUGCUAUUCUGUCUGACGGUUUAGAAAUUACACACUGUUGUUUGAAAUCUGACACAUUUGCAGUCACAUAUGUCUCAAGUAUGUCGCUGGUCUAACCUCCGACAAUGUGAUCUGACGGUGGAAUGUAAAACCAUAGUCAAGGUUGUACAUUUGAAGUUGGCUAUUUGACUUUGAUGGACUCUACAACACUACAUCACUUUUAUUGAAGCCACCAAAUAGAAACUGAAUACCUCACAGCCUCUAGAACAUAUAUUUUAUUUUCUAAUACUGAUUUUUUUGCCAUCCAACACCUUUUCUGGAAGGUUUCUUGAGGAACACCAAGAACAUGGACAAGCUUCCUGCUUUCAUUCAAACGUUCCUGCAAUAAGAAUAUCACUAAUUCCACUACUCUUUGUCCUAAAGCUAUUUUAUUCCAUUAUCCUGAGUGAAGAAGACAUUUUUAUACAUCAUCAUUUGAUAAAAGAUCUCACUGGCAUAUUUUUAAUAAAGCCAUAUUGUAUUUUAGAGAAAUUUGUGUUUUUGAGCAAUAUAGCAAUGGUAUGCAAUUCUACUGGAUACCGUAAUGUAAUUACUAGUCUGAACAUAGAUCAAAGUGACAACAAGCAUUUUCAAAAUGGUUAUCCUCCCAUGAAUCAGCUUCCAUCUUUCCGGGUGGUCUAGAAGAUGCCUGAGACAGAAUAUACUUUAAGUAGUCUGGAAUUUAAUUGACAUGGAUCUAUGCUGUAAACCAUUAAGCCACACAAAUGCCAAUACAAGGUGUAUACAGUUUAGCAUUCCACCUCCUAAAGGGAUAGUUCACCCAAAAUUUAAUUUUGUCAUCAUUUACUCACCCUCAUGUCAUUCUAAAUCUGUGUGACUGACUGACUUAUGCAGAACACAACUAAUAUUUAAAAAACCGUUGGUAACCAAACAACAUUGGCACCCAUCGAUUUCCAUUGUAUGGACACAAAAUUGACAGAAGAGUAUAAGUUCCCCUUCAGUCGGUCUCUCGAUGUUGUGUUGAGAGACAAACUGGGGUUUGAUCUUGAAAAACUAUUAUCUCCGGGAGGAAUUUUAAAACACCAAUGGGCUUGGUGAAUGGCACACGCAUGCCAGUCCCCGCCCCGUGCAUAUGGGUAUAAAAGGGAGGUGGCGGUGGACAUUCACUCAUCCUUCGGAACCUGCAUGACGGUACAUGUCAAGCGAUUAUUCUCUUCGAGAAUUCUCCUUCCAGACUGCUGGAUUUACGGCGUGGAGCAGCAGAUUUCUCCCUCUCGGUAGUGGACUUCCCCUGGGUGUCUAGGCAGCGAGCUGCAGAUAUUUCUAAAAAGAGCAAAUUUCCUCUCACAGUCUGUGCUGUCUUCGGGCAUGUGUCGCAGCUGUGUUCUUGGGUAUGACAGACUCAUUCCCGAGUCAGACGGGCACGACACUUGUAUUGCUUGUUGGGGUUCCAGCAUGCACUCGCAGGACUCGUCGAUUAAGGUGUUGCGGUCACGGUUGGCUACAUUCUCUGGAAUUCUCUGGAAUGUAGCCGCAAACCCGUCUGUUUCCCGAGCAUCUACUGCCGUUUCGGCGAGGUUGACUGUUUCGGCGAGCGGCGGGGAUGAUUGGGGAUUGACAUGGAUGUCACUCCGCCAGUUUCGGCUCGCGGAUCAUCCGUGCCCUUGCACGCUCACCUGGCUCGUCCCUGAUGGGCGGCGGUGUACCGUCCCAUAGCGGGCAGACUCGACAACGGGAUGGGUACGAACUUUCUGUCAUAACGUCGGACAGCUACCUCCUAGCAUCGGAUACGGAGACCCCUUGGAGCUCCCGCCUCCAAGCGGUCAAGCCCAAGAUGAGGCGACGCAGAGAUGACGGCCGUGCCUGACCUGGAGGUGCAUAAGGAGCUCACAAAGAGGUGGAAUAUGCCGUUCACAGCAUAGGAGCCGUGGGCUCAGGAGCUGUUACUUCCCUGGACGGUGGGGCAGCUAAGGGAUAUGUCGAUGUCCCCCAGGUGGAAUGUGCAGUCGCAGUGCACCACAGACGCUGCCACUUGGAGGGGUCAACCAAGGCUCCCUUCCCGGGCAUGUAAGCUCUUUGACGAAGACUUACGAUGCUGUGGGUUAAACUGCUUCCGCCUUCCAUGCUAUGGCGGUAUGUCAGGCCCAUAAUGCUAUGGCGACCCAUUGGGUCAUAUGUCAAAGCAUUAGGAUCUGGUUGAGGGGAAGGCUGACCCGGCUGCGCACCGCCACCGGUCUUGCGCCUCGUGCGACAAAGGUCAUGGCGGGUGCUCUGGGUCGGACGAUGUCCAGGAUAGUGGUCCAAGGGAGACAUCUGUGGCUCUAUCUUGCGUAGUGACGCUCAGAAGGCUCGCCUUCUAGAUGCGCCCAUCUUGCAAGCGGGGCUGUGUGGUGACACCGUGGAGGUUCUCCGUGGUGAAGAAGCAGACUGCUCCACCGUGACCCGGCCACCUAUCGCUCGUUAAGGUCCCGAGCGCAGCUUGCCACCCAGCAGCCCCGCCCCCGUGGUGGUCCCUCUGGUAUUGGGGCCCUCCAGACGACGGCCCGCUAGAGAUGCAGAGCCCUGUGGGAGGGGGCUUCUGCCCCAUUGGGAACCCGCCUAAAGACAGAGCGGCCCUGACCGGAUGAGCCAGGGGGAUUGAGAGUACAACGGGGGAUUGAGAGUACAACGGGCGGUCUGGCCCUGUCUUCCCAGGUUUUUACCAAACUCGCUGAGGCUGCCUUAGCUCCCCUCAGGGAGCAAGGCGUGCGCACAGGGACCUCGUGCUUCGGCACCUAGACCGACUGGGUCUUCGGGUCAACUGAGAAAAGAGCAAGCUCUCCCCGGCGCAGAGCUCUUUUUAUCUCGGUAUGGAACUCGACUCUGUCCGUAUGUCAGCGCAUCUCACUAGUGAACGCGCACAGUCGCUGCUGACCUGUCUGAAACACUUCAGACGGACAUCAGCGGCCCCGCUGAAGAACUUUCAGAGGCUCCUGGGGCACAUGGCAUCCUCGGCAGGGGUUAUCCCUCUCGGGUUGAUGUACAUGCGACUGCUUCAGCACUGGCUUCAGAGUCGUGUUCCUUGGAGGGCGUGGCACACCGGCACCAGGCGCAUUACGGUGAUGCCUCAGUGCCUUCGCACCCUCACCCCUUGGUCGGAUCUGGCUUUUCUCCGAGUCCACUCGGGCAUGUUUCGAGGUGCGUAGUGGUUGCAACAGACGCCUCCCUGCAGGGGUGGGGUGCCAUGUGCAACGGGCAUGCAGUACCGGGCCAGUGAACGGGAUCCCGUCUGCGGUGGCACAUCAACUGCCUAGAGUUGUUGGCUGUCCUUUUGGCACCGAGGAGGUUCCUACCCCUCGUGCAGGACGAGCAUGUGCUGGCGUACUGCCGUGGCGUACAUCUAUUGUCAAGGCGGCAUACGCUCACGGUAGAUGUCACAACUCACCCGACGCCUCCUCCUCUGGAGUCAGCAGGUGAUCAAAUCCCUGCGAGCCACCUUCAUCCCAGGCAACCUGAAUCAGACUUCUUUAGGAAGAGAAUCAGAUUCUCUUCCUAAAGAGAGACUCGAGAGCAACAUCUCCCCAUCCAUGCUGAAAAUGUAUGUAUAGAAUAGAAUAGAAUGAGCUUUAUUGGCCAAGUAUGUUUCCACAUACGAGGAAUUUGUUAUAGUGACAGAAGCUCCACAGUGCAACAGAAAGACAGCAACAGGACAGAACACAGAUGAUAAAAAAAUAAAAAAUAAUAUACAAUAAUAUAGAAAUAGGCAAUGUACAAAACAGCAAAAACACAAUAUACAAUAUAGACAAUUAUGUAUGUACAGGUCUGAUAUGUGCAAAUUUGGUGAAUAAAUAAUGUAAAAUAGAGUUGUGUGUUCCGCGUUUAAUGUCAAGUGUUCAUAAAAUGGAUUGCCUGAGGGAAGAAACUGUUCCUGUGUCUGGUCGUUCUGAUGCUCAGUGCUCUGUAGCGUCGACCAGACGGUAACAUUUCAAAAAGGGAGUGUGCUGGGUGUGAGGGGUCCAGAGUGAUUUUACCAGCCCUUUUGCUCAUCCUGGAUGAGUACAGUUCUUGGAGAGUGGGGAUGGUUGUCCCAAUGAUACGCUCAGCAGUCCGGACUACCCUUCGUAGUCUUCUGAGAUCAGAUUUGGUAGCUGAGCUGAACCAGACAGUUAUAGAAGUGCAGAGGAUGGAUUUGAUGAUGGCAGAGUAGAACUGUUUCAGCAACUCCUGUGGCAGGUUGAACUUCCUCAGCUGGCGAAGGAAAUACAGCCUCUGCUGGGCCUUGUGAGAGUCAAUGUGAGUGUCCCACUUCAGAUCCUGAGAAAUUGUGGUGCCCAGGAAUCUGAAUGACUCCACUGCAGUCACAGUGCUGUUCAUGAUGGUGAGUUUGGGGAGAACAGGGGGCUUUCUCCUGAAGUCCACGAUCAUCUCCACAGUUUUAAGCGUGUUAAGCUCCAGGUUGUUAAGACCAGGGGGGGCUGUCUCCAAACAGAGAUUGGCGCACUGGAUCGUGGAUGCCAUUACUUUGGCAUACUCGUCCCAAGAUCACCCGUGCCCGCUUGGAGUGAGAUCCCACUCCACCCGGGGUGUGGCCUCCUCCGGGGCACUGGUGCAGGGCGCUUCUCUGGCAGACAUAUGUAGUGCUGCUGGUUAGGCUACGCCCAGUACUUUCGCGAGGUUUUACAACCUCCGUGUGGAACCAGUGUCAGCCCGUGUCUUACACGCCACCGGCAUGUGAGGCCGGCAACUGGGUUGGGCGUACACUUGUGAAAGCGCCUUCUCCCCCUCCCCGGGCGAGUCUAGCGCACUAUUCUAGCCUCCCCACUUCCCCCCUUAGGAUGAAGUACAGGCAUUCUAUCCAUCACUAAGCAUUGGCAAUUGUGGUAAUAGACCGGGCGGAGCGGUCUGUUGUAACCAAGUCCAGUACUGGUAGAGUCACCCCUGCUCAGCUGGAUCCCUAUACACGGACUGUUGCCCCAUACCGAGUGACUCCCCUGCAGGGUCGUCCCCGUAUGUUGAUUCUUCACUCUUGGUUCCCCUGUCGGCGAACCUGUGACCUCCCCUCCGGUGGGUUACCUCACCUGGGUUCUGUCCCCCCUACUCGGGCUGGCGCAUUUUUUCGCAUGUUGUUCUCCCCACCGGUGAGACCAUGUUGGUGUCCUCACAUGUAACCUCCCCUUGUGGCAGAAUGUGGCCUCCGUAGCAUGCUCUUCAGCAAGAAGAGCAGUGUUUCCCCAGUGUUCCUCACGGUGCUGGGCAGCGUCUCGCUAAUAGAGACGAACGCCACCGUCCGUGCGGCCAUCAGUACGAGCCUCUCAGUAGGUUAUUAAGUACUGAUCCCACUGGAAGUUUCGUGGUAGCGCUCACUUGUGACUCGCUAGUCUAGUCAGUGUCGCUCCGCUUGAGGUCGUGAUAUGGCUCAGCGCCGUGGCGUGUUGAGAUAGGUCCCCAGUCUGUCUCUCAACACAACAUCGAGAGACCGACAGAAGGGGAACAUCUCAGUUACGACUGUAACCUCCGUUCCAUGAUGGAGGGAACGAGACGUUGUGUCUUCAUGCCACAAUGCUUCGCCGACCCUCUGUAGCGACCGGGAGAUGUCUCUCAGGUUCCUCAGCCCAAAAGAUGAGUGAAUGGCCGCCGCCACCUCCCUUUUAUACCCAUAUGCACAGGGCGGGGACUGGCGUGCGUGUGCCAUUCACCAAGCCCAUUGGCAUUUUAAAAUUCCUUUCGGAGAUGAUAGGUUCUCAAGAUCAAACCCCAGUCUGUCUCUCACACAACAUCUCGUUCCCUCCAUCAGGGAACGGAGGUUACAGUCGUAACCAAGACGUUUUGAUUGACAUGAUGAUGAAUAAAUGAUGACAAAAUUUAGACAGCUCUUUACCAACAAUUUUUGAACUACAAUACAUGUCCAGUCACAUGUUAAAUUGUUCUUCACAACCAAGACUAAAUAGCAUUUCUUUGUAAAGCAUUUUGAGGUGGUCAUUGUAGAAGUGACCUCUUUAUUCUCUACGAACAAAAAAAACACCUUGAGAGAGAUUGGAGAUAUGCAUACUGAAAUAGACAUACUGAAAUAGGUAAUGAGAAUUUCAAUUUCUUUCGCAAUUAAAAUACUCAUUACCAUGCCUACACAGAAUCUUUUGUGAUUCACAAAAUGUACAUCUCCAACCCAUCUGCAUGUGUGUUUAAGUAUUUUGGAUCAUUUUGAUAGUGUUUAUAUACAUCGUAAUAUGAGCUUAAUCUAAAAUUCCAUUUUGUUCCAAUCCAAUUUGAAGAAUUUCACAGAUUUUCCUCAGAAGAGCAGAGCAUGUCUACAGCGUCCAUUUGGGCCUGUCCAUUGGGUAUUUAGUAGUGUAAAUAUAAUAGAUUUCAGUUUCAUGAAAAAGGAACAACAGAAUUCUGGGUAAAAUUUUAAGGAUGAAGAGCAAACUCAUUCUUUGUCCUUGUUUGAGUUAUAAUGCAAGUAGAUGAUUUGGACACAAACAAUUAAGUGUGUUGUCAUCUUUAAAUGUAAUACAAAAGCAGAAUUACAAGUGAUUUUCCUAAUUUACUGUAUACAAAGCAAAAAUAAAAAAGCUGCUGUACUGUAUAUUGUAAUAGUGUGAACAUUUCGAAGACUGUGAAGACAGAAUGAGAUUUAUUCUGUGAAGCAUUGGGCUUUUCUGUGUAUGAAACUGGCUACAUGUUGUAUGUUAAAAUGACACUACAUUCUGUUCCAUCAAAUGUAUUCUUUUAUGUAUUUAUUUAACUGCUACAUUAAGCAAUCUUUUUAAAUCUGUUUAGGGGCUUUGAAUUGAAUGCUUCUGACAAUCUCAGUUUGGCUUCUUAAGCCGUGUGAAGAGGGAUGUAAUAAUAUUGACCAUUAAAUCUGGA